CACACACCUUCCACGAAAUUUCCACCCACUUCCAAACCCUAUCAAAGGACUGAUCCUCAAUUCUUAUUAGAGUCCGGUAGAUUGCGAUCUAUGUCCCCUUAUAAACUCCACACGUUCUUGGAAUUUUUGGGUCAUGACUUGACUAUGUGUAGAUUUCUAACGUCAAUAUGGGUUUGAAAUUUCAUCUAGUGCCCCUAUUUCUUCUCUCUUUCUUCAAGAGCAAAAACUUAGUUUUGUGUCCGAAACCCAUUUAUCUCUGUUCGUGCUCUGUUUUAACUACUAGUUGUCUCUUGAAAAAGUAAAGUCCCCUGUUUUUUCUCUGAAAAUGGCGUCCCAUAACAGGAAGAUGCUCUAUCCAUUUCAACCCGGACAAAAUUGCACCUUCGGGCUCUACUUCUCUUUUAUUCCGACAUACCCACCACCACCUCCGCCGCCGCAGAGAGAUCUCUCUGUUAUAGUCUCCACCUCAAUCUGCAUAAUAGGCUCACUCCUAGUCUUCCUAUUCCUCAUCGUCUUCCUCUACCUCUACAUCACGAAGUCAUCACGACGGAGGAGCUCACCUUCCGCAGUGGCUCCCGUCGUCAGCACCAGACGAAGAGAGGAAGAGAACGAAGAAGCCGGAGGAGGAGAAAGAGAUCAUCAUCACUUCUGGAGCAUCGCAACGCUCGGUCUCCACCGCUCAGCCAUCGAUUCUAUAACAGUCGUCGGGUUCAAGAAGGGAGAAGGGAUCAUCGACGGCACGGACUGCUCCGUCUGCUUGAGCGAAUUCGAAGAGGGCGAAGGGGUUAGGCUGUUGCCGAAGUGUAGCCACGCCUUCCACGUCAGCUGCAUCGACACGUGGCUUCUCUCUCACAAGAACUGUCCUUUGUGCCGCGCCCCUGUUUUCUCCCCCGAGGUGCGUGAUAAAGAAACAGAGACGAAUCGUCGAACAGAGUCUGGAACAAGAGAAGAGGAGAGUUCGGGAUCAAGAAACGGUAAUGUUGUUCUUCCGAGGUCACAAAGCGAUUUGGCUAGCCACUGUGGUGGCUCGGGAGGAAGCUUGGAGACUGUGAGAAGAUCGUUUUCGAUUGGAGGAAGCUCGUUAGUUAAAGCUGAAGGUGGAAGUAGAAGACACUUCUACAGCAGCUUCAGUGCUAAUUUCUUAUCUUCAUCAAGAAGAACAACGAACCAAGACUCGGUUCUCCCGAGCUGAAUGCCUUCUAGACCGUUUAAAUAUCUAGUGUUGUCGUAUUUGAAAUAAACGGAUUGUUUCAAUGGUUUGUUAAGAUUAUAUAAUGAUUUUAAAUAAAGAGAAAUGGGCAAAUAAGGUUAAAUUAAA